UUUAAUCUACACAAAGGCAAGAAAUAUCAUAUCAUCAAUGGCGAUUCCUUUGUCUUCUACCAUUGUUUUCCCAUUUUCAACUAAAUCACAGCUUCUUCCUAACCAAACCCUUUUCUCCAUUAAUUCGUCUUCAGAUUCUCAUUGUUCAUGGACAUUGAGAACUCAACUUCUUCUUCAUCAACCAUGUUUGGCAUUGUCUAAAAGAACCAGGAAAAAUGUAUUGUCCGCCAUAUCUACUGACUCGGAAGUAUCGACUCGGUCGGCUGAGGCUGAGACUGAGUUGGCCAAGAAAUGGAGGGAGAUCCAUGGAAGUAAUGAUUGGGUUGACUUGCUUGAACCGAUGAAUCCUAUUCUCCGAUCUGAAUUAAUUAGAUAUGGAGAAAUGACACAAGCAUGUUACGAUGCAUUUGUGUAUGACCCAUAUUCCAAGUAUUGUGGUACCUCAAGAUACGCUUUGGAAAGCUUCUUCCAAAGCCUAGGCAUGGAAAACCAAGGCUACCAAGUCACUCGCUUCCUUUACGCCACCGGCAAUAUCCAAAUGCCUAAUUUAUUCAUCAAGCCUCGUUGGCCCAAGCUGUGGAGCAAGCAUGCCAAUUGGAUAGGGUACGUGUCGGUUUCUGAUGAUGAGACUUCAAAGCGUUUGGGGAGACGUGACAUCGUUAUUGCGUGGAGAGGGACAGUGACAAGGCUAGAGUGGGUGGCAGAUUUGACAAAUUAUUUGAAUCCUAUUUCAUCAGGAAAAAUUCAAUGUCCUGAUCCAGCUGUGAAGGUGGAAUCUGGGUUUCUGGAUUUAUAUACUGACAAGGAAAAUGAGUGCAAUUUUUGUAAAUUUUCUGCUAGAGAACAAAUCUUGGCAGAGAUGAAACGACUAUUGGAGAAGUUUAAGGAUGAGGAAGUGAGCAUCACGUUAACUGGUCACAGCCUUGGUAGUGCUUUGGCAAUGAUAAGUGCGUAUGAUAUUGCCGAAACAGGCUUGAACAAGACAGCAGAUGGUCGCGAUGUACACAUUUCCGUUUUCUCCUUUGCAGGUCCUCGAGUGGGUAACAUCCGAUUUAGGGAACGACUGAAUAACCUAGGCGUAAAGGUAUUGAGAGUAGUGAAUGUUCAUGAUAUAGUACCAAAAUCACCUGGACUUUUCUUCAAUGAAAACUUACCACCAUGGCUAUUGAAGAUGAUUGAAUGGCUUCCAUGGACUUACAUACACGUUGGUGUUGAGCUCAAAUUGGAUCACUUGGAUUCACCGUAUCUACGACGUUCUACCGAUGCCGGUUGUUCACAUAAUUUGGAGGCUCAUUUACAUCUACUCGCCGGAUAUCAAGGGAAGGGUAUGAAGUUUGAGCUUGCAAUUGGGAGAGAUCCAGCAUUGGUGAAUAAAUCAUGUGAUUUCUUAGAAGAUAAAUAUGUGGUUCCACCAAUGUGGAGACAAGAUGAGAACAAAGGCAUGAUAUAUGUUGAUGGUCGUUGGGUGUUUGCUGAGAGGGAAAAUAUUGAUGGUCACCCUGAAGAUACACAUCAUCAUCUCAAAGAAAUAGGGUUGUUUUCGGACAGCAAUUAAAAUAUCUAUGUCGAUAGAAAAAUUUGAUCUCUUAAUUUUAUGGAUUUGUCGCAGAGAUAUUCUUAAAAAAAUGUUAAUCAAGAAAUUUUUACAACUUCUAAAAUCCAACGGUUUGUAUUUAUGCUCAUAUAGGUGAAUUUUUUUAAGGGGAAGUUUAUAUGUGUUUUUGUAUAAAAUAUUUUGGGUGUUCUUUUAA